AUAGUGACCAUCAGCGGGUAGAGCAAGGGGUGUGGGAGACGCCUCCUGUUUGGAGUAAAAGAACUACAUAGGCUCCCUGGCUUGCCCAGUGGAAGCUGGCAAGGAGAUAUAGACUCCACCGCCUGAGCUCCGGGCUUUGGCCUCUCCUAGUCCGCUCUGGAGGCUCCCUGUCCUAGGGUUCAGCCCCAAGGCCCUGAUUUGGGUGGGCAGGCGGCUGUCAGGGGCCAGAGCCCUGACUGAUGCGUGCUGACGCCCCCUCUUGCCGCUGCGGGGACCCGGGAGACUUGGCUGCCUCUACGCACCCCCGCGGCAGCCUGCAGGCGUCGGGGGCGGGGACGGUGCCAGGCGCCCCUCACUCGGCCCCGCACCUGCGCGCCACUCCAAUCUCUUGCGGCACUGUGGCGGGUCCGGCCUCGCUCCCUCCAGGAGCAGUCCCAGCGCGUCCGGUGAGUGCGCAGGGCAGUGUGCUAAGAGGUGGGAGUCGUCUGCGGCUGAGAGUGUCCCGCCUCCCGCGCCCAGCCCGGUCGGAGGUCGCUGCGUUUGGAAGCUCGCGCCGUGGCGCACGCGCUUCUCUGCCAACUUUGGUGGGCGCCUGCGAGUCGGCGUCGGGGAACGCGGGAGGAGGCGGCGGCGCCGUGGAGUUGCCGCCGCUUCUAGCUCUGGACCUCGGUUACCCCGCGGUGUUCGCAAGUAGGAAGUUUGACCCUUUGCCUGGCGCACAUUUAGCAGACGCCGCAGGCUCGGUUCGGCGGACGCGGUAAGGUGGCCAUGAUACCUGGGCUUGCCUGCUAGCAGGCUGCCAUGUCUCGAGAGGCAGGUUCAUGCCGAGUGGGCACGGGGACAAGGGCACGGUCACGGAAGCCCAAGAAGCCACAUUAUAUCCCACGGCCCUGGGGCAAACCCUACAACUAUAAGUGCUUCCAGUGCCCCUUCACCUGCCUGGAGAAGUCACAUCUUUAUAACCACAUGAAGUACAGCCUCUGCAAAGACUCCCUCUCUCUACUGUUAGACUCCCCUGACUGGGCAUGCCGCCGUGCGCCCCCCUCACCCAGGCCUCGGGUGCCCACCCCCAACUGCUCCACAGACUUCUCAGACCCUAGUAGCAAGCCAACUGAGCCAGAUCUCAUUGUCACUGACAGCUUUUCCCAGCGUCGUUCUGGCAGGGGCCCCAAACCUGGACCAGAGGAGUCGCCAGGGUCACUGCCCCCACUGGCUAGACCCAUCCGGAAGGGUCCAGGCACCAGUGGCCUUUUGGCAGAGUCAUGGAAGCCAGGACUGAGUGGUGGCAUGCUGAGUGGGACUUUAGGGACUAUAGCUUCAACCCCAGGCUCUGAGAGUAGUGUCCCCUGCUACCCACCACCUGCCCAGGGUGAGUUCCCUGAAGCCCAGAGCCUCCACUUAUCAUUGCUGGGUGUCAACUACCCUCUUGGCCCAGGCCUCUUUUCCUAUCUGGGGCCCUCACUGGCUGCUGCUGCAGCCCACAUGCCCUUCUUGGCCUCAGCAAGCCCUUUGCUGCCCCCCACAGCCUUCCCAGCCCCACAGACACCCGAGCGUCCAGGCCUGGCCCCCCGCCUGUACUACCCACUACUACUAGAACACAGCCUAGGACAAUCAUCAGGCAGGGCUGCCCCUGCCAAGUCCUCUGUGCCCCUCAAGGGGCCUCCUGGGGCUCUGUCUGCUCCUGGGCUGCUGAAGGUGCCUGUGCCAGGGCCCGGGGGACCCUGGCCCCAUGGUACUUCCAGAGACCCAGGGCAUGAAGGAGAGCUGGGGAGAGUGACUCAGAGCAACCCGCAGAAGAGGCUGCCCACGGGCAACAUGCCUGAGCUCCCAAAGGCCCCCUUGAACCUGGCAAAAUUUGGCUGUCAGAGCAGCCUGCCGACAGGCUCCUCCCUCUUACUCUGGCCUGAGGACAAGGAGCCAGGUGACCCUGAGGCCUCAGGUCCUGAGUUCCACCUUCUGCAGCAUCCACAAGGCCAAGGGCUAGGAAGUACAGUCCCAGUGGGAGAGGACCUGACCCAGGCCUUUGGUGACUAUGCCAGAGUGGAGCAGUGCUUGGGGCAGCUGGCACCAGCUGGGGGUCUAGCCCCCAGACCUCUUCGGGAGCAGCUUGGCAAGAUUCGCCGGGAGCUGUUCACUAUCCAUCAGGCGCUGGCCCGGGCUGCUCGUCCACUGGACACACCCUUGGACCUCUCAGUGAAGCGGGUACCUACCAAGGGAACUGAGGCACCCUCAGAAUCCUGGAGGCUGCAUGAUCCAGGCCCUGUGCUGGCCAGGGGGACCUCAGAGCCCUCCAGCAUACUGGGUCCAGUACUUGAGUCUUUCUCGAGCCGCACCACCAAGUGUGAGGCUGACUCCAGUGUCCCUCCUCCUGUCCUCCCCCUCCAGGCCCCCGAGGACCCUGUCAUUCCUGGUAGUGGCUGGGGUAAUCGGCUUGGAGCUGGCAGCUCCCAGACCCCUAAAGAUACCCCGAGCUUACAGAUCCUCCCAAGUGCUGACUUCUGUUCACAGCCACCAUAGAGUAUGGGUUCCUCUCCCUGACCUGGGCCCCGUUGUCUGGGCCUGUCCAGUGUCAGUAUGCAUGUGUUCUGAACAGAUAACCGCCGCCCACCCAGACUCCCCCACCAGCCCGUGGUAGAGACUUACCUAUGUGUUCACAUGGACAUAGCAAGGUCAUGAUUUAUUUAUUGAACAGAGUUGUGGACAUUAAAAUAGAAACCACCUUCAAACACCCCUA